AUGUCAGAAACUCCAAAGAAAAAAAGACACAUAGUGAUGACACCAUUCAUGGCACAUGGUCAUCUAAUUCCCUUCCUUGCACUAGCAAGAAAAAUCCAAGAAACAACAUCUUCCACCUUCACAAUCACAAUAGCCACCACUCCUCUCAACAUUCAAUAUCUCAAAUCUGCAAUUUCCACAACCUUUUCUGAUAUCUCAAUCCAUCUUGCAGAUCUACCUUUCAACCAUAGGCAAUAUGGUUUACCACCAAACAUAGAGAACACAGAGAAGCUUCCUUUAACUGAUGUCAUCAAACUCUUUCAUGCUUCAACAAGCCUUGAAGCUCCUCUUAGUUCUUUGAUAUCAAACAUCACAGAACAAGAGGGUCAUCCUCCAAUUUGUGUUAUAUCAGAUGUGUUUCUUGGUUGGGUUACCAAUGUUGCAAAGAGUUUAGGUAGUAGGAGUAUAACUUUCACAACUUGUGGUGCUUAUGGAACUUUGGGUUAUAUCUCUAUUUGGUCUAAUCUACCUCAUAGAAGAACAGAUUCUGAUGAGUUUUGGACUCCAGGGUUUCCUCAAAACUACAGAUUUCAUAGAACUCAGUUGCAUAGACAUCUAAGAGAAGCUGAUGGAACUGAUGGCUGGUCAAAAUUCUUCCCUCCACAGAUAGCACUUUCUAUGAAAUCUGAUGGGUGGAUUUGCAACACUGUUGAGGAGAUUGAGACUUUAGGGUUGGAACUAUUGAAGAACUAUCUUCAACUUCCUGUUUGGUGUGUUGGUCCCCUUCUUCCGCCAAAGAGUUCGAAUUCGAAGUACCGUGCUGGAAAAGAAUCCGGCAUAGCUCUUGAAGAAUGCAUUGAGUGGCUUGAUUUGAAAGAUGAGAGUUCUGUUCUUUACAUUUCUUUUGGAUCACAGAACACAGUAAGUGCUUCACAAAUGGCGGCUUUAGCUGAAGGGUUGGAAGAAAGUGGAAUUUUUUUUAUUUGGGUCAUUAGACCACCUUUUGGUUUCGACAUUAAUGCAGCGUUUAAGGCAGAAUGGUUACCAGAAGGAUUCGAAGAGAGGAUGAAACGUAGCAAAAGGGGUUUGUUGGUGCAUAAAUGGGGACCUCAGUUGGAGAUUCUAUCACACAAAUCAACAGGAGCAUUUCUAAGUCAUUGUGGAUGGAAUUCUAUUUUGGAGAGUCUUAGUCAAGGAGUGCCAAUUAUUAGUUGGCCACUUGCAGCAGAACAAGGAUACAAUGCAAAGAUGUUGGUGGAAGAAAUGUGCGUAUCUGUGGAAUUGACAAGAACUGUGGAAAGUGUGAUUUCUAAGGAUGAUGUAAAGAGCGUUAUAAAAAUAGUUAUGGAUCAAGAAGGGAAGGGAAAAGAGAUGAAGGAAAAGGCAAAUGAGAUUGCAGUACACAUGAGAGAGGCAACAAUAGAUAGAGGUGAAGAAAAGGGGUCUUCAUUGAGAGCAAUUGAUGAUUUAGUUAGAACCAUUUUACAAAUAUAA